AUGUCUUCCCCUCGUGCGCGAGCUCAAACGACCACCAGCUCGGGCCCGCCCAGUCGCGCGUCGAUGUUCUUCCCGAAUCUCCCCAAACGGCCGUCUAUCAGCCGUUUGUUCGGCGUCGGCAACUCGAACCACGACUUGAUCAACUCGGCUCCGCGAGAGUCUCGUCACUCGAGUAGUUCUAGCGAAUCGUACAUGACGAGCGACGACGAUGACCAGCAACAGGUCGCCCAGUACGCCAACCCAAAGCGACAGACCCGUCCGCCGCGUGUGUCGCUCGAUAUCCCAGACGGGAGCUUUGCCCCUUCGUUGAGUCCUACCAAGGACGCACCCGAGACCGAGGCGGAAUCGGGGCAUCGCCGUCGUCUGCUAGCGCCAAAACGCUCGGCUCAGACUCCGAUUGCGGACAUGUUCAAGUCUCCCUUGACCGCGGCAGUUGCGACUACCGCUCCAUCGACUGUGACUGCCACCGCCGUGUCGAGCAAGACGAUGCCUCCCAGACUGGGGCUGCAGCUCGGCAACUCGCAAGAUGUGGACGAGAUGGGGUGGAGUCGUGGUGUGUUGGAUGCUGCUGCCUCGGCGAGUCUUGGGCACCGCUAG